GUUCUCUUAAUCUCUCUCGUUUUCUCUCUCCCAAAAAGACUUUAUCUUCUUCUUCCUCUCUCUCUUUACGAACUGUAAAUUCUCUGAUUCUCUUUAUCGCUCAUCAGAAUUCUCUUCUCUCUUCCUCUGGUAUUUCUCUUACUCUCUAACUGACAGAAUGGAAUCCCCAGAAUCGUACAUUACGAGUACGACGCCGAAGACUUCUACAGAAGAGGUCUCACAGAAACAAACACCAGUUCCUGUUAAAUCUUCUUCAAUUUCAGAUGACAAGGAGAGGCCAACAUAUAUUAAGUUCCUCGUAUCAAAUGCCGCAGCGGGUUCUGUUAUUGGAAAGGGCGGCUCAACAAUCACUGACUUUCAGUCGCAGUCUGGAGCUCGGAUUCAGUUGUCACGCAAUAAUGAGUUUUUCCCAGGAACUUCUGAUAGGAUAGUCAUGAUUUCUGGUGAUUUUGGUGAAGUAACUCAUGCAAUCGAACUUAUUCUCUCUAAAUUGCUGAGUGAGGUUCACUCUGAAGAUGGUGAUGAUACUCAACCUAUAUCAAAAGUAAGACUUAUUGUUCCAAAUAGCUGUUGUGGUGGCAUAAUUGGCAAGGGUGGAUCUACUAUAAAAUCUUUCAUUGAAGAAUCUCAAGCUGGCAUCAAAAUAUCUCCUCAGGAUCAUACUUAUGUAGGUUUGAAUGAUAGGCUGGUGACAGUAACUGGUACUCUAGAGGAGCAAAUGCGAGCAAUAGAUUUGGUUUUCUCGAAGCUCGUGGAAGAUGCUCAUUACCCACAUUCUAUGAAUACUCCAUUUUCAUAUGCAGGCAUGAACUUUUCUGGAUAUCACGGUUAUUCUUAUGGAUAUUUGGUUCCUCCCGCUGGCGCGGCACCAUACAACUCAGUAAACUACAGACCAAAUGGCAGUAGAGCAAAAUAUCACAGUAACAAGGAAGAUCCGAGUGACUCAGUGACAAUUGGCGUUGCUGAUGAGCAUGUUGGGAUUGUUCUUGGACGUGGUGGAAGGAAUAUAAUGGAGAUUAAUCAGGUUAGUGGCGCCAGGAUAAAGAUAUCUGACCGUGGUGAUUUCAUGGCUGAUACACACGAUAGGAAAGUAACAAUCACAGGAACAAAAUCAGCGAUUCGUGCAGCCGAGAACAUGAUUAAGCAACGGGUUGCUUCAGUCACUGAGAGUGGGAGGGAAAGCUGAAAUAUGAUGGAGGGCAACUGUUGCUGGAUUUUUGAUGAGCUAGUAUCACCUUGUGGUUCUCGAACAGUAGAACCUAGAAUACAACAGUGAGAAGUGCGAAAGUUUUAGGAGUCUUGGAAGGGCCAGCUUAACUGCUCUUGACCUAUUUAUGUUGCUAGUAUAGGCUCUUUGUAUACGGUCUGAGUUUUUCUUCUUUUGACAGUUCUUAGCAGCGUAUUCAAUUAUAUUGUCAUAAUGUACCGUGAGAUUUUUACUCACUCAUCAUUGGAUAUAUUAUAGUAUGAACUAAAGUACUAUGUACAUUUAUAUGUGUAACUAGCAUUCAUGAGAAUAAAUAGUUCACUUUUAACUUG